GAAGGAAGACGAAAUUACAACUGCGCGUGUGUAUCAAUCAAACAACCGUAGCUAGCAACGUGCUUGUAUCAUUCUGCCUCGAUUCUUUUCAUAAUAUAACGCGAUGAAGAUCGAGGAGGUAAAGAGCACCGCGAAAACUCAGAGGAUCUCCGCACACACGCAUAUUAAAGGGCUGGGACUCGAUGAAAAAGGCAUAGCUAUUCAAAAUGCGGCCGGUCUCGUCGGUCAGGAAAUGGCGCGAGAGGCAGCAGGCAUCGUUGUCGAUAUAAUAAAGACAAAGAGAAUGGCAGGACGUGCUGUCCUGUUGGCUGGUCCACCAGGUACAGGCAAGACAGCGAUAGCUCUUGCUAUUGCACAAGAACUCGGUAACAAGGUGCCUUUUUGUCCUAUGGUUGGUUCAGAAGUCUACAGUUCUGAAAUCAAAAAGACAGAGGUUCUCAUGGAGAAUUUCAGAAGGGCCAUUGGUUUGAGAAUCAAAGAAACAAAGGAAGUAUAUGAAGGCGAAGUCACAGAGCUAACACCUGUGGAAACAGAAAAUCCUAUGGGUGGUUACGGUAAAACUGUAUCACAUGUGGUCCUUGGACUGAAAACAUCUAAAGGCACAAAACAAUUAAAGCUGGAUCCUUCCAUAUAUGAAUCUCUGCAAAAAGAGAAGGUAGAAGUUGGUGAUGUAAUUUAUAUUGAAGCUAACAGUGGAGCUGUAAAGAGGCAAGGUCGGAGUGAUAAUUUUGCUACUGAGUUUGACCUGGAAGCAGAAGAAUAUGUUCCCUUACCAAAAGGCGAUGUACAUAAAAAGAAGGAAGUCAUACAAGAUGUAACAUUACACGAUUUAGAUGUAGCCAAUGCUAAGCCACAAGGAGGACAAGACAUAAUGUCCAUGAUGGGACAAUUAAUGAAACCUAAAAAAACUGAAAUUACAGAUAAAUUGCGGAAGGAAAUAAACAAGGUAGUAAACAAGUAUAUUGACCAAGGCAUCGCAGAGUUAGUACCAGGAGUAUUAUUCAUAGACGAGGUUCACAUGCUAGACAUAGAAACGUUUACUUAUCUGCAUCGCGCUCUAGAAAGCGCUAUAGCACCGAUCGUUAUUUUCGCUACAAAUCGUGGCCGUUGCGUGAUCCGGGGAACUGAAGACAUCGUCUCUCCACACGGCAUACCUCUCGACCUGUUGGACCGUCUGCUCAUCAUCAAGACUUUACCGUAUUCUAGGCAAGAGAUCGAGCAGAUUGCGAAGCUAAGAGCUGCGACAGAAGGACUGCAAAUCGAGGACGAAGCUUUAUCAACUCUUGGCGAACUUGGUACGAAGACGACUCUGCGGUACGUAGUACAGCUUUUAACACCCGCGGCUUUGACUGCAAAGAUUAAUGAAAGGACUAGCAUCAAGAAAGAGGAUAUUCAAGAAGUCAAUUCGCUUUUCUUAGAUGCUAAAUCAUCUGCUAAGAUACUUACACAAAAUCAAGAUAAGUUUAUGAAAUAAAAACUAGUUUCAUACAAUA